AUGACCUGGUCUUCUCUGGCUGACUAUCUGGACAGUUAUCCAUUUGCCGAGCUGGCAGAUGAACGGACACAAUCUUGGCCCAUGGUUUCAUCACCAUGGAAUGCGGCCAGUGUGCUGGCCUUGUACUUACUGCUGGUGCAUUUAGCGCCCAAAUGGAUGGCCAGUCGCCAAGCGUUUCAGCUUCGUUUGCCAUUGUUCUGCUACAAUUUGCUGAUGGCCAUGCUGAAUGCCCACAUUUGCCGGGAACUCUAUACGGCAUCGCGGGCUUUGAACUACAGCACACAAUGUCAGCCGUGUAAGCUGAGCUACGAUCCAAAUGAAAUUCGUAUUGCCAGCGCAUUUUGGUGGUUCUACAUCACAAAAAUUCUGGAGUUUGCCGAUACACUAUUUUUUAUAUUGCGGAAGAAGUGGUCGCAAUUAACUUUUUUGCAUGUUUAUCAUCAUAGCACGAUGUUUGUCAUUUGCUGGAUUGUUGUUAAAUGGAUACCCACGGGAUCCACGUUUGUGCCGGCUAUAAUUAAUUCGCUUGUGCACAUCAUUAUGUAUGGAUAUUACUCGCUGAGUGCUCUGGGCCCUCGGGUGCAGCCGUACCUUUGGUGGAAGCGUUACUUAACUGUGCUGCAGAUGCUGCAGUUUGCACUGGGUUUGGCUUGGGGAGCACAGGCGAUUGUUAACCGCUGCGAAUACCAGCCCUGGCUGAGUUAUACGGGAGUUGCUUAUAUGCUCUCAUUUCUCUUUCUCUUUGCACGCUUUUAUGCACAAAAAUAUACAAUAGCUAAUGGCGAGAAGUGCAUUAAAUACCAAUAA